AUGCGGUCUGUGCACGGUGCACGCCGUAAUGUUACACGUCCAGGUAGCUCAGCCAUUGUACAGAGAGGCCCAUCACAGUUGGAGCCAACGUUCAGCGACGGGGAGGAGGGGGUGGGGGUGAGGCUGUUUUAUGUGCUUCCUGGGAUGAGCGAGUUUGAAGCGUCGCAGUCGAUGGGCGUAUCGGCUGGUGCUUCGUCGCAGUCGUCAGUUUCAUGGCACUAUGGCCAUCCUUAUUCUCAAACUGAUAUUCCGCUACCUUGUCCACCGAACGCUGAUUCUCAGUCACACACGCAUUCACAUUCACAUUCAUGCAGUACAUACAAUCUAGGAAGGUACAUUCCCUCGUUCGACGAUGACCCGAAAGCGAGGUUCAUCGACGAACUUGGGUACACGACAGAGGCAGAGGGUAUCAAGUCGCCUGCGCGUAAGCGGCAGAAGACGGGGGGUGAGAAGGGAAAGCGAGAGGAGGAGGGGAGCGGGGAGAGGGAGGGCAAGACGCAUGGGCACGUACCGGGGGAGCUGGGAAAAGUGUGCGCAGACGAGUUUUGGGAGCGCAUGUCGUUUCGGCAGGAGUGCGUGGCGGGUGCCAUGACCGGGUUCUUCACGAUGGCGGUCACGUCGCCGCUGUCGAGGCAGGGCGGGGAGGGCUCGGGAGGUGCUGCAGAGCAGAGGGGACAGGUACCGGGGCAGAUGAACAAGCGGGUGCUGGCGUCGCUGAUGACGGGGCACGAGUUUUCGAGUGUGGAGCGGGCUCGGUGGUCUACGGGGAAGCUGGAGGAGACGAUUCGGGGGUUGUGUGAGGGGCUUGGGCCUGUGACGCCGCCUGGAGGGGUGAGGGAAGGGUGUGUGGGUGAGGGAGUUGGGUCGCUGGAGAAGUACAAUUCGGAUAUCUACGGGAGUGUGGUUGUGUGUAAUGCGGGUGGUGCUCGCGGGGUGUGUGGCAGAGUUGGGGUGACUGUGUUGACUGCGAGGAAGAAGAAGAGGAGGGGUGGUGGUGAGGAGGUGAUGAGGUAG